ACCUUCGUAUGCACGUAAUACUUCGGACGUCGCCGGGGUUUCACUGUUUGCCCAAAUUCUCUUGUCUCUGGGUGUGUCGCACUUUAUAAGUUAUUGCGCACUAACGACUGUUUUCUUAUCUGGAUACCCUUAGCAACGGCGUACACAGAGAACGGAUUUACAUAAACGACCAUGCUUGUCGCUAAGGUCAUUUGGGUGGUCCCGUAGUGUGUAAGGAACACGGACCGUACGUUUGAGAAAGUCGUUGAAAAAGCCUGGAUUUACGUUCUUUGAUUGUCAGUGCCAAGCGGUGAAAAGUUGAACUUAAACCAUGGCAGCGGAUAUGAAUCUAGUGCUAAAGGUCUUGGAAUUGGUAUUCGGACUGGUGGCCUGGGCGCUGCUUGCGUCCGUGCACGGGUUCUGGGCGUGGGGAGGUCAACACUGGGUCAUGUUCGUGCUGGUCACGUGUUGGGUCGUCACACUACUGCUCCUCAUCCUCUCCAAGGCUGGGAUCUUCUCUAACGACACUGUGGACUUGAUCUACGCCAUCCUGGCGGCCCUGUGUUACAUCACAGCGGCCAUUGUUCAGUGUGUGAACGCCGACAGAAAUAACUGGCACCACAACUACUGGGGCAACCCGGUCUUUGAUAGGCACGCCGCGUCUGCCGCCUUCGCUGUGUUCACCUGUAUCCUGUACAUCAUUGACGCCGUCAUGACGUUUAAGGGGAAAGGGAAGCAGGUCCUGCCCAAGUAGAAGCCUGAAGAACUAGACUACUAGAAGAUAGAUAACGUAUAGGGUGUCCGUGACUUCAAACAACCAAUGCUUUUGAAGGAAGCUUCUGGUCUCCAUGACGACCCCUUGAAAUAAAUUAAAUUUUCAUAUUUGCAGCUGUACAGAUUCUUCACAUUCACCGAAAUAUUGAAUUUUUAUUAUAGAAUACACCUAUGCCAUGAUAACAUAGUAUGAAUUUUUAUGCUAUUAGUUUCACUCGAAAAACGCAUAUUUUCCCUUCGUGUGCAAGCUACUUUGAUUGUUUGCCACAUUAGGUUCUUCAUUUGUAAAUGAAAAAAUCUAAGUUUGUUAUUUUAUGUUGAGGGUUGAAUUUGUGCCUAUUUUUGUGUGAAGAUGAAUAAAAACAUUUAUUAUAUGUAAAGUUUGGUCGUGCCUUCUUGUUAUUAAGGCCAGUUUGUUAGGGUUGUCAUUUCUGAGUGUUGGUAUGGUCUUUGGUACAGGCGAAGUUUCCAACAUGCGGGAAUGCAGGUUCUACGUAAAGAGACUUCAAAACAGCGACUUCUAUCUAACACUGUCGGUAAU